AACGCUAUGCCAUAUAGGGUUAAAAUCAACGACGUGGCCGAAUAUGGGAUUUAAAAAAUGUUAAACUUAAUCAUAUAUCUCUUAGGUCUAAAAAAAUAAUUUGAUAAUCUACAUCCAUAUAAAAGAAAUAUUUAACUAUUAACAAACGCCAGUUUGCAUGUUUUCUCAAAACAUAAAAAAAAUGGAGAAAAGAUUACCUAAUGAUGAGUAUAGAUUAAACAGAGCAAUGAAUAAAAUAAUGAAAACGUCUCCACAACUGGAUUUUUCAAUGCUAGCAGAAGCAGCGGCUGCUGCAGGUAGGAUGUUUACAGAGCUCUUGACAUCAGAUGAUUCAGCUGUUGGUAUAAUAAUGGCCUUAUAUUCCGCAAAAGCAAAGAAAACUGAGGAACCUAGUGUUGUCCAUGUACCAGAUUCUAUAGGAGCUGCCAGAUAUGUGGAAAUGGAAGUGGAUAAUGUAAACAGUGUUGAAACAAAUUCAGCACACACUUUUGCCAACACUGUCAAUUAUGGAGCUAGUACUUCAGCUGAAAUAAUGGACAGGACUGUUAUCCAAUGUGAAAAAUGUUCAAAUACAUUCCCUCAAAGGGAAUUUAGUAUUUGUGAGAGCAACCAUAAAACAUGCAUGGGCUGUUUUAAAAUUACUAUUGAUAACUUCGUGGAUUCCAAAAACAUAAACUUGAUGUGCCCUAAUGCGCCAUGUAAUUCUAUUGUGACUUUAGAUAAAGUGACAACUAGUUUGGAUCCAAUAAUAUAUGAGCAGCUGAAAAAGAAGGUUUCGAAACGAUUGGCUAAAGUAGAAGCACACAUAAAAGAAAGCUACUUAGACAAGAUUUUUUGUUUACAGUGUAAGAUAGACAUUACACUAUCCAAAAGUGAUAUUUUUUACAAGUGCACAGCAUGCAGGCAUGAAGCAUGCCGUAUUUGUCACCGGCCAGUUGAAUUACCAGACAACCAUGUUGAGUGUAAGGUUCUACACCAUGUUGGCAGUAAAUGCUUCACUGAUCCUAAAAUAUUCCCUGCAAACUGGGAGAAGUCCAGUGCUACUGCAGUAAAAAAUGUAGAGUCAUUUGACUUGCUGUGCAGUGUUGAGCUCAGCACAGAGAGGCAAGCAGUUAGAAAUAUGUUUUAUAGGACCUUCUCUGAUCACUCAGUAGAUCUCAAGUCAAUCAUGCGAAUACAAAACCCACAAUUGUGGGAAAAAUAUUAUCUGAAGAGGAAACACAUGGUGGAGGAGAUAGGGCUUGACAAGAUCAAAGAACGAGCACUCUUCCAUGGGACCAAAAAAGAAAAUAUUGAUUUGAUUUGUCAAGAAGGUUUUGACUUAAGAGUCCCAACAGCCAAUGCAGCUCAUUAUGGGAAAGGAAUAUAUUUUAGUCCAUGGUCCAAACAAUCUAACCUGUAUACAGAAGGAUGUGAACAAAUGAUUAUAGCUAGAGUCUUGUGUGGAUAUUCUACUGUAGGGUCAUCUGGAAUGACCCGUCCACCAAAAGACAGUUCUGGAAGGUUUUACGACACAACUGUUGACAAUCUGGACAGGCCAGUCAGAUUUUGUGUGUUUGACAACAGUCAGUGUUAUCCAGCUUAUAUUAUUGACUACUCUAAGAAAGAAUCCAGUGAAUCUAGUGAUAGUGACUAGAUUCAGUCUUCAUUAAAAAGAUAUUGUACUGUUUUUUGUUGUUGUUUUUUUGUUUUUUUUG